CAGACUAUUUUACAAAGAUAAGCACAUACAAGAAAAGGUAGACAAACACUCCAUUUGCAAACACUUGAUACCUUCUGACAGGAAGACGUGGACAGGACAGGAGAAGUGAAAUGGUCUGGUUUCUGAUCUACCUCCUGAACAUUCUCUGGACUAUGGCUGGGACUAAUACCCAGACCCGAAGCUCAUGCUCCAUCCCUUCAGAGCAGCUGCCAUGGGUUAAUGACCUACAAGUGCAAAUGGAGAACUCAGUGACUUCAUCGGACUUCCCAAAUCCCAGUGUCCUGAUUGCCAUGAAUCUGGUCGGAGCCUACAACCUGGAGGCCCAGAAGCUCCUAACUUACGAGCUUAUGGCCAGUGACACUGCAGACCUAACCACUGGGCAGCUCGCUCUCACCAUUAUGGCCCUCACUUCCUCCUGCCGAGACCCUGGGAGUAAAAUGUCAGUUCUACAGAAACAAAUGGAGAACUGGGCACCUUCAGGCCCCAGCGAAGAAGCCACAGCCUUCUAUGGGCCCAGUCUGGCGAUUAUGACACUGUGCCAGAAAAACUCGGAGACAACUUUACCAAUAGCAGUGCGCUUUGCCAAGACCCUGCUGGCCAAUUCCUCUCCCUUCAAUGUGGACACAGGAGCAGUGGCAACCUUGGCCCUGACCUGCAUGUACAACAAGAUCCCCAUAGGUUCUGAUGAAAGCUACAGAGCCCUGUUUGGCCAGGUAUUGAAGGCUAUUGUGGAGAAUAUCAGCAUGAGUAUCAAAGACAAUGGCAUCAUAGGAAACAUCUACAGUACUGGCCUUGCCAUGCAGGCUCUUUCUGUGACACCUGUGCAACCUAAGAAGGAAUGGGACUGUGAGAAGACUAUGAAUAUAAUACUUGAUGAGAUUAAACAGGGGAAAUUCCAAAACUCCAUGUCCAUUGCCCAAAUCCUUCCUUCAUUGAGAGGCAAGACAUACCUAGAUUUGCCCCAAGUGUCUUGUGGCCCUGAUCAUGAGGUGCAACCAACUCUACCCAACUAUCCUAAUCCUCCUCCCACCUCAGCAUCUAACAUCACAGUCACAUACACCAUAAACAAUCAGCUGAGGGGGGUAGAGCUACUCUUUAAUGUAACCAUUGAUGUUAUUGUGAAAAGUGGGUCCGUGCUACUUGUUGUCCUAGAAGAAGCACAACGCAAAAAUGACAUGUUCAAGUUUGAAACCACAAUGACAUCUUGGGGCCCUAUUGUCUCUUCCAUCAACAAUAUCGCUGAAAAUGUUAAUCACAACACAUACUGGCAGUUCCUUAGUGGCACAACACCUUUGAAUGAAGGGGUUGCUGACUACAUACCAUUCAACAAUGAGCACAUUACAGCCAAUUUCACCCAGUACUAAAGAGGAAGUGGGUUCAGCUUCUAUUGAACAUUUUCAAAAGAUCAAGGAAUUUUGUUUUCACUUUUUUCAAAUACAUUCAAAAAAGUGGAUACCUACAAUGCUAGUCUAUUCCUUAUAAAAACACACA